AUGGAGGGCCUCGUCAAGGCCGUCGGCAAGGCGACGGCGCCCUGGUGGUCCUCCACCUCCUACGAGGACGAGUUGGAUGCCACGGACGCGGCCUGGGUGCGCAAUGGUAAGUCCGAUUCCCUCGACUCGAGCGAAGCGUGCUCACCUAGAAGGAGGUCCUUUGGGGACAGUCCUAGGCCGAUACCACCUUUGGAUGAAGAUCCCCGUGGAAGAAAGCCGUCCUACGAGGAGGAGGUCAAGGACGCCUCUCCCGUUAAAAAGCCCGAGUCCUGGACGUGUCCCCAGUGCACCUUCCUGAACGUCGAGAACCACGGGAAGUGCGGCGUCUGCGGUUCGGCGCGACCGCGGCCGCCGCCACCGCCGGAGAUGCCUUCUAGUUUUCGGAAAGCUAAACUAGGGCGAGGGUCUGGUAUCUCGCUGUCGCCGGACGCCAAACGACUCGCCGCUCUGCUGAACGUCGACGCCGACACGGUCGUCGUCGUGAAGCCGGGCUACGAGCCGCCUCCACCAAAGGAGGGUUUGGAUGAUGCCGAGGACGACGCGACCACGGCAACGGCCCGUGCGGAAUCAAAGUUCAUGCGCCCCACGCCAUCGACGCGAUGGUGUCUCCAUCGCGGCAUCUGCUCGAUGGCGUGGCGGUUCUACGCCAUCGACGCGACGUUUCCCGUCACCGCAUCUGCUCGAUGGCGUGGAGGUCACGAGACUCACCGGUUGAUGUCCACGCAGGUCACGGACCCGCGGCCCAAGUCCUCACCGAGUGUGGACGGCGCGAACGAGCAGGAGGCCUACGGCGUGGCCGUGUCGUUGUUAGUCGCUGGUCUGCGACCCGACGACUUGGAACAGCGGCUCCAAUCCGAGGGCUGGUCGCCAGAGAUCUCGGCGAAGGUCUCGCGGGAUCUGGGCAAGUUGGGAGCCGGCCUUUCGAGGCACAACAAGCCGGAAACACCCGCGUCGAAGCCGUCGCCCGACGCGUUGAACGCCAUGCUCGCCAAGCGCCAGCCGCAGCUCAAGAAGCCCGAACAACCGGAUCCGCUGGCGGCCUAUCUCAAGAUGAAGAAGUUCGGCGUCGCCGCCGAAGGAGUGUUAGCAAGGAUGCAGAUGGACGGCUGCAGCGAGCAGCUGAAGGCGAGGUUCCGGAAGCUCCACAAGCUGGAGCCGACCGAGUCCGUAUCCCAGGAGAGGACGGUCACGUCGCCGACGAGCCCCGCCGAGCCGCAACGCGCGACGAUCGCUUUGCACUGGGAGAAGAUGGACUCCCACGCCAAAAAGAGUGUGUGGAACGGCGGCGAUACUUUUGCGGAAUUAGAUGGUGAAUUAGAUGCGGAGGAUUUAACUGAUUUGAAGGACAUCUUCAGUGCGAAGGCGUCGACGGCGCCGGUGCGACGGAAAAGCCCGCAGCACCUGGCGAUACGGGCGUCGCCGCUCGAUGCGAAACGGGCCCAGAAUGCGACCAUAGCGUUAGCUAUCGCUUCUCGCAAGUUCCGAGGCGAUUUUGACAGGGUCUGGCGCGCCGUUGCGGAGUGCGCCGCCGCGUUGCCGAUCGAUGCACUUGAGAGGUUACAGGAAGUCCUCCCCACAAAAAAGGAGACGGAAUCGGUCAUCCAGUGGUUCCACGCGGAGCGGGCGGCGCGGCCCAAUGUAGCUGCAUAUAACUUAGGCUCGCCGGCCGAGCGCUUCAUUCUGGCGACUUCUCGCGUCCCUCGGCACCAGGAGUAUCUGCAAGCGGCGAAAUUAAGAGCAAGUUUCCAGGAGCGCUACGACAAGAUCGACGAGGGGUCGCGCGUGGCCAUCGACGCCGCGCAAUCGUUAGUACAAAGUCGAGGCUUGACUUUAGUAUUGCAACGCAUUUUGGCCGUCGGGAACGCCAUGAACGCCGGCACGUCCAUCGGCGACGCGCGCGGAAUUAGAUUGGGCUCGCUGCUCGCGAUCGUGAAGACCAAAGGACGAGAUAGACAAACCUCGGUGCUGGACUACGUCGUCCAGGGCCUGCUGAAGCGGGGCCACGCCCGCGUGUUGACGGAAGUCGUCGUGUCCCUGAAGACGAAGGUCGCCAACGCGUCACGAGUGCCCAUCGAGGACUUCCGCAAUGAAGCUAGAAGACUCAAGGCCGGUCUGGCCACGGUCCAGAAGCUGAGAGCUGAAGCGGACUCGGACCUCAGGAAGGAGGAGAACGAUUCGUUAUCGAGGGAACGGUCGCUCAUGGGCGCGCGCGACCCUUGUAGGCGUAGAAGGAAGUGGGCCUCCUCCGGGAGUCAGAUGUCAAUAGCACGAGCCUCGGCGCACGCGUCGGCCGGGCGGCGAGUGGCACGAUUAGGCUCCUUCUGUGAUCAAUCAAGGCGGUCCUUGGAUGCGCUGGAUCGACGACGCUUGGCACCCAUGGCGCUGAAACUGCGCGCCGUCUGCGAGUACUUUGGCGAGCCGGUAGCUGAUGAUGCGGCCGCGCCCGCGAAGGCGUCCUACGUGUUUACGACGGUGGGUGCGUUCUUGCGGGCCCUCGAUGGGGCCGUGGCCCAGGCUUCUAGGGUUGCGCGGCGGGAGGCGUCCUUGCAGAAAUCUUUAGCGGUCACGCGGCGCGCGUCGUCGGGGGAUGUGGAGGUUGAACGAGGAGAGAGGGACAAUCGUCCGAGAAGACGGGCACAUAGCGCUGUUCUUACUUAA